AUGGCAGGUAAAGGAGAGGGUCCAGCCAUUGGAAUUGAUCUCGGAACCACGUACUCGUGCGUUGGUGUCUGGCAACAUGAUCGUGUUGAGAUCAUAGCCAAUGACCAAGGUAACAGAACGACGCCUUCUUACGUAGGGUUCACCGACACAGAGCGUCUCAUCGGUGAUGCUGCCAAGAAUCAGGUUGCCAUGAACCCUAUCAACACCGUCUUUGAUGCGAAGAGAUUGAUUGGUCGUAGGUUCACUGAUGCCUCUGUUCAGAGUGAUAUUAAAUUGUGGCCUUUUAAGGUGUUUUCUGGACCUGGUGAUAAGCCAAUGAUUCAGGUUAGCUACAAGGGUGAAGAUAAGCAGUUUUCUGCAGAAGAAAUCUCUUCUAUGGUUCUUAUGAAAAUGCGUGAGAUUGCUGAAGCUUAUCUUGGCACCACAGUCAAGAAUGCUGUUGUUACUGUCCCUGCAUACUUUAACGAUUCUCAGCGUCAAGCCACCAAGGAUGCCGGUGUUAUUGCUGGUCUUAAUGUCAUGCGAAUUAUCAAUGAGCCUACUGCUGCGGCUAUUGCAUAUGGUCUUGACAAGAAGGCUACCAGUGUUGGUGAAAAGAAUGUCUUGAUUUUUGAUCUAGGGGGUGGUACUUUUGAUGUAUCUUUAUUAACCAUUGAAGAGGGUAUCUUUGAGGUGAAAGCCACAGCUGGUGACACUCAUCUUGGAGGUGAGGAUUUUGAUAACAGGAUGGUGAACCAUUUUGUUCAGGAGUUCAAGAGAAAGAACAAGAAGGAUAUCAGUGGUAAUCCCAGAGCACUUAGGAGGUUGAGGACUGCUUGUGAGAGAGCAAAGAGAACCCUAUCUUCCACUGCCCAAACCACCAUUGAAAUUGAUUCUCUGUAUGAAGGAAUUGAUUUCUAUUCCACCAUAACCCGAGCUAGAUUUGAGGAGCUCAAUAUGGAUCUCUUCCGUAAGUGCAUGGAACCAGUUGAGAAGUGUUUAAGAGAUGCCAAGAUGGACAAGAGGACUGUCCAUGAUGUUGUACUUGUUGGUGGUUCCACUAGAAUUCCCAAGGUUCAACAACUUCUGCAGGAUUUCUUUAAUGGAAAGGAGCUUUGCAAGAGUAUCAAUCCUGAUGAGGCUGUGGCAUAUGGUGCUGCUGUUCAAGCUGCUAUCUUGAGUGGUGAGGGUAACGAGAAGGUUCAGGAUCUUCUCCUGCUUGAUGUCACCCCACUCUCUCUCGGGUUGGAAACUGCUGGUGGGGUUAUGACAGUUUUGAUCCCCAGGAACACUACAAUCCCAACAAAGAAAGAACAAGUUUUCUCAACCUAUUCUGACAACCAGCCAGGUGUUUUGAUCCAGGUUUAUGAAGGUGAGAGAACAAGGACCAGAGAUAACAAUUUGCUGGGCAAAUUUGAACUUUCAGGCAUUCCUCCUGCACCCAGAGGUGUUCCCCAAAUCACAGUGUGCUUUGACAUUGAUGCCAAUGGUAUCUUGAAUGUCUCUGCCGAAGACAAAACUACUGGCCAAAAGAACAAGAUCACCAUUACCAACGAUAAGGGUAGAUUGUCUAAGGAAGAAAUUGAGAAGAUGGUUGAAGAGGCCGAGAAGUACAAGUCCGAGGAUGAAGAGCAUAAGAAAAAGGUGGAGGCAAAGAAUGCAUUGGAGAACUAUUCAUACAACAUGAGGAAUACCGUGAAGGAUGAGAAGAUUGGAGGAAAACUUGACCCAGGUGACAAGAAGAAGAUCGAGGAUGCUGUUGAGCAGACAAUUCAGUGGCUGGACAACAACCAACUUGGAGAAGCAGAUGAGUUUGAGGACAAAAUGAAGGAAUUGGAAAGCAUCUGCAACCCUAUCAUAGCCAAGAUGUACCAGGGUGGUGCUGGUCCAGACAUGGGAGGUGCAAUGGACGAUGAUGUUCCUGCUGGUGGAAGUGGUGCUGGUCCAAAGAUUGAGGAAGUGGACUAA